AUGCUCCCCUACCUAUAAAAAGAGUGCCUGCGUGCGCUAAAUAGUUUUCUCCAAUGACUAAAGGGGACUAAGUACUUGUUGCCUCUCCUGCCGGCCCGGUCGCAUCCUGUCGCCAAGAGGACGACAUGAUGCACGACUCCGGCGGCGGCGUCCGGACGGCGAGGGCGCUGAAGCACGCCGCGCUGUGCCUGAUGCUGCUGCCCCGGUUCCUCCUGGCCGCCGUCAUGCUGUGGCUCCUGGAUUUCUUGUGUAUCAGGAAAGUGCUGCUGAAAAUGGGCGAGCGGCAGGACAGCCCCGACGACCCGCCGCUGUGCGUCUCCGACUCCAACAGGAUGUUCACCUUGGAGUCCCUCAGGGCCGUGUGGUACGGACAGAAAUUGGACUGCCUCAAAGCCGCGCACCUCGGGCGCGCGGCGCCCAACACCGAGGUGAUGCUGGUCCAGCAGCGGCGGCGGGUCCCGAUCCUGGACUGCACGAAAGGGAAGCGGCCGCUCAUCCUUAACUUCGGCAGCUGCUCCUGACCGCCUUUCAUGACGCGUCUCGCGGCUUUCCAGCGCGUCGUGAGCCAGUACGCGGACAUUGCGGACUUUUUACUUGUAUAUAUCGAGGAGGCGCAUCCGUCGGACGGCUGGGUGAGCUCGGACGCGCCGUACCAGAUCCCCAAGCACCGCUGCCUGGAGGACAGACUCCGAGCCGCGCGGCUGAUGCUCGCCGAGGUGCCCGGCAGCGACGUGGUGGUGGAUAAUAUGGACAACUCGUCCAGCGCCGCGUACGGAGCCUACUUCGAGAGGCUUUACGUCGUGCGGGACGAGAGGGUGGUGUACCAGGGGGGCCGAGGGCCCGAGGGAUACCGGAUUUCCGAGCUUCGCGCCUGGCUGGACGAAUACAGGAGCGAGCUGGCGCGUUCCCAAACAGCGGUGCUCCACGUGUAGCGGGAGAUGCUGCGCGGGCCGCCGCGCGCAAGUGUCCAAACUGACGGGGCGGAAUGUUCCGAUGCUGCUAUCAAAUGUGCGCACGUGGUGCGCGAUGUUGUUCCGCUCGCGUAAAAGAUAUUCAGGACUCUUUGACAAAUAGCUUAAAGUGGUGUUCCAGCAUAAAUGUGGGCAGGUGUGUUGUUGCUUGUCUUCACCUUAAUCGAUUGUUUUAUUGUUGUUUUUUUUAAUGGAAAGGUCUUGAAUCAGGUGAAACUGGAUCCGAUCAGUAAUCACUCUAUUUUUCUACAAUACUGGUGUGCGCGCGUGUGUGUGUGUGGGUGUGCGUGUGUGCGCGUGCGUUCAGGCCCACUCCGGUGUUUGUGUGAAGUUCGGUUUUUAAAAGGUGAAGCCAGAAAACCGACACUGAUGUUUCCGACACCGCCGAUGGGUCCACGUGCGCACGAUGCUUUCCUCCGUGAUCGACUGCCAAACAUGUAACGCGUUGAAACGAUGUAACUGAACAAAUGUGUUUAAUAAACACAAGAUCACACUGGU